UCCCAGCAGCUGAAGCGUUCAGUGUGGCUGGUCCCAGCACCGCGCCGCUUGAACUCUGGCCUUCCCAUGAAUAUUGGGGUGCUCUUUGUGCCGCAGCAGGAGGCUUGGGUGGUGGAGAGGAUGGGCAAGUUCCAUCGAAUCCUCGAGCCUGGUUUGAACUUCCUCAUCCCUCUGCUGGACCGGAUUCGUUAUGUGCAGAGUCUUAAAGAAAUCGUCAUUAACGUCCCUGAGCAGUCAGCUGUCACACUGGAUAACGUCACCCUGCAGAUUGAUGGUGUGCUCUAUCUGCGGGUUUUGGACCCCUACAAGGCCAGCUAUGGGGUGGAAGAUCCUGAGUACGCAGUGACCCAGCUGGCCCAGACCACCAUGAGAUCAGAACUGGGCAAACUCUCUCUCGACAGAGUCUUCCGGGAGCGGGAGUCACUCAACGCCAACAUUGUGGAUGCCAUCAACCAGGCCUCAGACUGCUGGGGCAUCCGGUGCCUGCGCUACGAGAUCAAGGACAUCCACGUGCCCCCACGCGUGAAGGAAUCAAUGCAGAUGCAGGUGGAGGCAGAGCGACGGAAGCGAGCGAUGGUACUGGAGUCGGAGGGGACGCGGGAAUCGGCUAUCAACGUGGCUGAGGGGCAGAAGCAGGCUCAGAUCCUGGCAUCAGAAGCUGAGAAGGCUGAACAAAUCAAUAAAGCUGCUGGAGAAGCCAAUGCCAUGCUGGUGAAGGCCAGGGCCAAGGCAGAGGCUAUUCAGCUCCUAGCAGCUGCUCUGGCACAGCAGCCCGCCAGCGCCCCUGCCUCUCUCUCUGUGGCAGAGCAGUACGUGAGCGCCUUCUCCAAGCUCGCCAAAGACUCAAACACCCUUCUGCUGCCCGCCAACACCGGCGACGUCACCAACAUGGUGGCACAG